AGGGCAAAGAAAGACGAAAGAAAUAGGCAAUGGAUUACAUUACAUUUUUGCUUUUGCUUCCCCUUCUGUGGGCAUUUGCUCAUGUCCUCAAUUUCAGUCCAUUCCCCCAGAAAUAUUCAGGAAAAGCCAGACUUCCACCAGGGCCUAGACCUCUUCCGAUCGUCGGAAACCUCUUCAAACUGCGCGACCAACCCCAUAAGUCACUUGCUGAUCUCUCCAAAAUUUAUGGUCCUAUAAUGUUCCUCAAGCUUGGGAGCAUUCCCACCAUUAUCAUUUCCUCUUCAAAAACUGCCCAACAAGUCCUACAGAAGAACGAUCAACCCCUCUCUAACCGGGUAGUCCCUGAUGCUGUCUGCGCACUUGACCAUCACCAGAACUCGAUGAUGUGGUUGCCAGCUUCAGCUCGUUGGCGAAACAUUAGAAAAACCAUGAUCAUGCACUUUUUUUCCCUGCAGCGGCUCGAUGCCACCCAAGCCUUACGUCGAACCAAGGUGCAGGAACUACUUGACCAUGCGCAUCAGAGUUGCAGUAGAGGUGAAGCGGUCAAUAUUGGUCGAGCAGCCUUCACCACAAGCCUUAAUUUGCUAUCCAACACUGUUUUCUCUACUGAUUUGGUUCAUCAUGAUUCUAAAUUUUCACAAGAGAUCAAGGAUAUCGUAUGGGGUGUGAUGGAAGAAAUUGGAAGGCUGAACGUUGCAGAUUAUUUCCCGGUCUUUAGAUUACUAGACCCACAAGGAAUACGCCGAGCCAUGAAAAUUUAUUUUAGUAAGCUAAGUGAUAUUUUUUAUGGUAUCAUCGAUCAACGGUUGAAAUCGGAAGCUUCAUCGGCGGCCAGCAAUGAUGUGUUAGAUGCCCUACUCAAUCUCACCAAGGAAGAUAACCAUGAGUGGAGCUUCAGUGAUACAAUACAUCUGCUUCUGGACACGUUUUUGGCGGGGACCGACACAACGUCCAGCACAGUGGAGUGGGCAAUGGCAGAGUUGAUAAGCAACCCAAAAACAAUGGCAAAAGCUCGAAGGGAGCUCCAAGAAGUCCUUGGCAAGGAUGGGAUAGUUCAAGAAUCAGAUAUCUCAAAGCUCCCUUACUUACAGUCCAUAGUUAAAGAAACCCUUCGGUUGCACCCGCCAGCCCCAUUACUACUUCCCCAUAAAGCCCAAGCUGAUGUAGAAAUAUGUGGCUUCACAGUUCCAAAGAAUUCACAAGUACUAGUUAAUGCAUGGGCCAUUGGUCGAGAUCCAAACACGUGGACGAACCCAAAUGCAUUUGUGCCCGAAAGGUUUCUAGGGAGUGAGAUUGAUGUCAAAGGCCGAGAUUUUGAGGUGAUUCCAUUUGGUUCUGGAAGAAGAAUGUGUCCAGGAAUGCCAUUAGCACAUAGAAUGGUUCACCUGAUGUUGGCCUCGCUUCUUCACUCCUUUGAUUGGAAGCUUGAAGAUGGUCUGAAACCAGAAGAUAUGGACAUGAGCGAGAAGUUUGGAAUUACAUUACAGAAGGCCAAGCCUCUCCGGGCUAUUCCUAUCAGAAUUUAAUUUUAUAUGUUAUAUUCCACCUAUAGAAUAUCAUACCCAUAUAGUUGCUAGCUUGGAUGAGCUUUUGUUCUGAGAAUUGAUGUUGUUUAGUUGAAAUAUCAGAUCAUUAUAAAGUUGCAUUAACUAAUUUGGGAGCA